UUGGUGCUGACUAUUAGGGCUGGGUGAAUGUGGUGAUGGGCUGGCUCUGUUCACAGUUAUGCCGCACAGUCAAGAGAGAACAAAACAGCACUGGCAACACGGCUCGGGGCCAUCGCAGGGCACUUCUUUUUGCAUUGCUCUGUGCGAUGCAAAGGUCAACCCUCCUUUCAGAGUCUGCUGCUGGCAGGGGGUCCGUCCCCGGUAGCUUUGCAGCCCGCCGCGCUCGGAAGUCGGCGUUAGACGCCCAGGUGGCACUGAGGGUGUGCAAGCUGCCACUGCGUAGCUGCGAGGUCCCCUCACACCCCCAGGGCUUUGCCCCUCGAUGCCCUCAAUCCCACGGUGGCCGCAGACUCGGAGCAAGCGCGGAGGGGCGACGCCGGCUGCAGCUGCGAAGAGCUCGUUCCUCAAAGACGCUUAGCUCUCGCCAGUUUUUUGCCUAACUUCGAGCGACUCCCGGUAGCCCGACGUGCGGCUGGCUCGGGCACCGCGGCCGCCGUGCCCAGGGGCUCCGACCAAGCGGGACGCGUGGCUCCUCCGCCGCCCCUGCCCUGCGGGAUGCCUGCCGAGCCCGCAGCCCCAAGACAGACGCGGUGGCGGGAGGGGCAAAAGCCACCCGACGUGUCCCGCCUCUAGCGUGACCGAAAAACCACAAACCGGAAAAUAAUUAAAAUAAUCUCUAACUGAUAAAGAGCUCUGAGCGCGGCUGUGGCUCCGGAGCGACGCUUUAGCACCCACAGGCACACUUACAAAGGCUUGUUCGCCGAAGCCGAGCGAGUCCCGAUGUAUACGCAGAGGGCAAGCUCAGCUUAGGAAAGGUGCCUGCCCCUCGCCCACCGAUAAGGGCCUCCCCGCGGCGCCCGGCCUUGGCCCGGGGAAGCGCCCCGGCAGCCUAGCCCGCGGCUCCAGGCAGCCUGCAUGGCAAGGCGGCGGAGGUGGGGGCCGGAGGGAGGGGACUUAACUCUUCUUAAAUGUCAUACUUUAAUGGGGAUGGAAAUUGUGAAUUUUCUGUGCAUUCCAGGAACAAUUCCUUGGGGUGGUGACCUUUAGCACCGAUUCUCUUAAGAGAGGAAAGUAGUGGAGUGUUUAUCUGGAUGACUGAAAGCCUUCCCUGGUGGAAGUUUAUGGAAGUGUUAAAGGGGGCGGAUAACACGGGCUUUGGAGGCGCUUGUCCAAUGAUCUGGAGGGGCUUGGAGAGCCGAUCUCAGCUGGCAGACAUUUAAAUGGGAGACAGCUCGGCGCUGCUGCAAUUUGUAGGCAGGAUCCGAGACUCUCUCUCUAUGGACUCCCGGGUAGCUCCGGGCUCCCACGCCACCCGCUCCGCUGAGUGACCCAGCGGGCAGAGCCCCGCAGAGCCCCAGACCCCGUCCAGGAGCCGCCGCCGCCACGCGGGACCCCGCCGCUGAGCCGCCGCGCAGCAUCUCUACCAACAAACUGGAUUCUCCGACCACCCGACCUACAGCAAAUUCUCGGACCGGCCUCUGCGCGGAGCAGGGCGGGGGCAGAUUCCCAGGUGCCGUUCCCGUCCCGCUGAGCUGCCCUUCACAAGACCUCCCGUCCCGCUUUUGCAUACCUCUGCUCCUUCAUGGAGCGUACACCUGGGUCUCCAGGAGGUCCUCGUGGCGGAGGCCGUGCAGCCGGGGAGACGCAGCGUGUGCCGGAGGGGCCUGAGCACCGCAGCGCUGCACCGGUUGUGCGCCCGCCGUCGGGCGGGACGGGCUGCGGCUCCACCGCUGCGUUCGUUGCCCUGACGCACUCCCCGCCCUGCCCUCCUUCCUGGCUCGGAGGCACGGGCAUUUUACCGCCCCGACGGCUCUGUACGUUCGCUGGCUACUGUUCCACCUCCUCGUGCUGACAGGCCCCGGGCUCGGCUCGGCCUGGCCAGAGCGGCGGCAGCCCUCCUGGCAGCGCCCGUCCAGUGCGGUCCCGCGGGCGCCGACUGGCCGUACUCCUCUCUGCCCCAGGUCCGCCAUGCGGCUUUUCGCUUCGGAAGAACGCUUGUUUAUUCGCCCCGCCCGAUUUAAUGCAACCCCCCGGAGGCUCCGGAGCGGAUUCAGGGAGCUCGUCCUCCGUUGGGAUGGUCCGCACGCUGUACGCCCUCAGUGCCGUGUUCCUCCUAGUGGGAUUCCUGCUACCGGCAGCAGAAGGGAGAAAGCGGAAUCGCGGCUCUCAAGGUGCUAUCCCUCCUCCUGACAAAGACCAGCCCAAUGAUUCCGAGCAGAUGCAGACGCAGCAGCAGUCGGGCUCCAGGCAUCGAGAACGAGGCAAAGGCAGUUCGAUGCCUGCUGAGGAGGUGCUGGAGUCCAGUCAGGAGGCGCUGCAUAUCACUGAGCGCAAAUACCUGAAGCGGGACUGGUGCAAAACCCAACCCCUCAAACAAACCAUCCACGAGGAAGGCUGCAACAGCCGCACCAUCAUCAACAGGUUCUGCUAUGGCCAGUGCAACUCCUUCUACAUCCCCAGGCACGUCCGGAAAGAAGAGGGCUCCUUCCAGUCUUGUUCCUUCUGCAAGCCCAAGAAAUUCACUACCAUGACUGUUACGCUCAACUGCCCUGAGCUGCAGCCCCCCAGGAAGAAGAAGCGAAUCACCCGCGUGAAGGAGUGCCGGUGUAUAUCCAUCGACUUGGACUGACCGAGGGGCAGCGGUUGCGCUCUGACUGCACGCAGGGAUUGCCAGCGGGAGAGGGAGUGGCAUGAGCUAGCAUGCCUUUAGGGCUGGACAAGAACUGAAGGACCCUAGUGAAUUGCCUAAAACAAGCCCCCAGAGA